CUUCUCUUUCCGUUUCUGUCCUCCUUUUCUUUUUACAGUUUUGCUCUCUGGCUCAGUUCACUGCCAGUUUUGCUCGAAAUUCUCGCCAUCACUGUCGUCCCCAACUUCACCGCCGGGGACGGCCACUGCGACGCCAACGCCUGCAUCGUUUCUUCCCUCGCCACUCACUAUCGUCACUUGCCAUUUCCUGGUUUUCUUUCAUCGUUAAACCCUAAAAGCGCCUACCAGUUUCAGGAACUUUCAAGUUUGGAAAGAUCGGGUUUCGACCUCUUCCAAUCGCAGAGUACGCUUACACCUUUCUGGAGUUCACCUGAGCUGAGCUGAGUUGAGUUAAGCAAGGCAAGAAAAGCAUCCAGGUUUCUUAAAACAGACAUGAGUUCAAGCAGAAGGGAUGGCGCUUCUGAUUUCUCGAACAAGGGAAAAAGCAUCUCAACUGAUUCUAACAAUGGUAUCAACCAGCUAGCAAUCAAUGUCUCAGACAUGAGUCUUGACUCUGCGCAAGGUGAAGGAUGGGAAGUAUAUGGAAAAAAAGGAAAAAACAAAAUUGGGAGCAACAGCUUUAGACAAGGUGGUCCUCAGUAUCCCACCCCCAAAGCAUGGGGUCAAGCUGAUACUGUACAACGACUGGGACUGCGUAAUCAGAGUGGAUAUGGGAGGGGCUCUGGUCAAACCUGGCAGCCACCAACUUCUGAUUCUAGAAAGACAUCUGGAAGAGGCUAUGCGAAACCGCCCCAAACUUCUGAUUCUUCCUAUGUUGCUGCACCUGCAGUCAUCCCUCCGCCUCUGAAGAACGGGUGGGGAUGGUCUUCCAGAGCGCCUUCUUCUCAGGAAAGCAUUGGCCAUAAUGCUCAGGAAGUUUAUUCUGCUAAUGAUGAGCCUUCUCAGGAUGUAGAGGAUGAUCUUGACGAAGAUUCAGAUGCCAUUGUUGACUCAGAUGAUGACCUUAGUGAUGGUUUUGAUUCGGAUGACAGCCGAAAGAGCCAUGAUACUAGGAAACAAAACAGUUGGUUUAAGGAACUUUUCCAGAGUUUAGAUAUUUUGACUGUGGAGCAGAUAAAUGACCCUGAACGACAGUGGCACUGCCCUGCUUGCAAAGGAGGCCCUGGGGCAAUUGAUUGGUAUCGUGGAUUGCAGCCACUCAUCACCCAUGCAAAGACUAAACGAUCCAAAAGGGUGAAGCUCCACCGAGAGCUUGCUGAGCUCUUGGAAGAGGAACUCCGGAGAAGAGGUACCUCUGCGGUUCCUGCUGGUGAAAUGUUUGGACAAUGGAGAGGUCUGCAAGAGCGAGAUAGAGAAAUAGUUUGGCCACCGAUGGUUAUUAUCAUGAAUACACGCCUUGAAAAAGGUGAUAAUGAUAAGUGGAUAGGUAUGGGCAACAAAGAACUUCUGGAGUAUUUUGGUGGAUAUGAAGCUGUCAAGGCCCGGCAUUCAUAUGGUCCUCAGGGGCAUAGAGGGAUAAGUGUUCUGAUUUUCGAGGCUUCGGCUGUGGGAUAUGCACAUGCUGAACGUCUAGGUAAACAUUUUGUAGACAAUGGGAGAGAUAGGCAAGCUUGGGAUCGGACUAGGACGCUAUUUUAUGCUGGAGGAAGACGUCAACUGUAUGGUUUCAUGGCAGAGAAGCAUGAUAUGGAAAAUUUUAAUCUUCAUUGUCAAGGUAAAACCAAACUGAAGUAUGACAUGCAGUCUUAUCAUGAAAUGGUUGUGAAGCAAAUGAAGCAGAUGAGUGAGGAUAAUCAGCAGCUGAUUUUCUUAAAGAACAAGGUCAUGAAGGAGCAGAAACACAAGAAGGCUCUUGAAGAAUCACUUGUUGUAAUGUCGGAAAAGUAUCGCAGGACAGCAGAGGAGAACCGUGUGGUCAAAUUGCGCACCCAGAAGCACCAUGAUCUGAAUAAAGAAGAGAUGGAUUCUCAAGAACAAUUUUUCAGAGAGCAGAUCCAGAGCUUUUAUAAUGCGAGAAACGCCAAGGAAGAGAAAUUUGAAAAAACCCUUCAGGCGGAGCGGGAAAAGAUGACCAUGAAAUCGCAAGAAAAUGUGUCUUCUGAGGAGCAGACGCUCAGGGACGAAGAAAUAGCAAAAUUCAUAAAGUCGCAGGAUGAGCAGAUGGUGGAGUUUGGGGGGAGGAGGGACGCGCUGAUGAAGAAGCACCAGGAGCGGAUCCUGGAGAUGAAGCGCCGACACAUGGAGGAAGAGGUUGCUGCGGAGAAGGAAUUUGACGUGGAAUUCAACAAGCUGAUUGAGGAGUACGCUCCGGGGAUACUGAAGUGAAAAUGAAGUCUAUCGAAGAUCGAUCCCAGAUCACAGGUAAAGGUGGAUGAUCCGAUCCUCCACUGGGAUUGUUGUGGAAACGCCUCUACCUACCUACCUACCUAUCUAUCAAUCGGACUUUUAGCAACUGCUGCUUUACUCUGCUUUUGUUUUUUUUUUUCUCAAACUCAAUCAUCUCGUGACUCUUGGAGCUGGAGCUGUUUGGUAUCGUUAAGUUUGUUUGCUGAGUUGAGUCGAGUCGGGAAAGAUUUAUGCCCGAUGUCAUGUCAUGUCGGGACAAUUAUUGAUUGCUGUCUGUCUGUUUUACCUACCUUUUGGAACCAACCAUCUGUCUGUCACAAGACAAGAAGUUGGACUGACUGACUGACUAUAUGAGUAUGGAUGGGACCUUUAAUUUAAAUUA